GCGAAGAUGAAGUCCUUACAGGAGUCGAUGCGUGACAUCGAAAAUAAGAAGCGUUCGCUCGAAGAAGCUGUGGAUCAGCUGAACGAAGAGUGCACUAAACUUAAAGCGGCCGAAGAGAUGCAUGACGUGACCACCAAAGAGAAGCAAAAAGAAAAGGAUUCCGUCGAGAAGAUGAAGAAAGCGUUGGAACAACAGAUAGAGAAACACCGGGAAAACCAUCAAAAACAGUUGUCAGCGCUCAGGGAUGAGAUCGCAGAGAAACAGUCACUCAUUGAUCAGUUGAAAGACGCCAAUCAAAAGCUGACAUUAGCUCAGGAGAGGCUUCAACUCGAAUACGACAAACUCAAGACCGAAGAGCAGGAGAAGAGCGCGAAAUUGCAUGAAAUGACUGUUCUUAAUGACCGACGAGAACAGGCGCGACAGGACUUGAAGGGACUCGAAGAGACCGUCGCUAAAGAGUUGCAAACACUUCACAAUUUGAGGAAAUUAUUUGUUUCCGAUCUUCAGAGUAGAGUUAAGAAGUCGGCCGCAGGAGAGGAAACCGAAGACUCGGCUAAUUCUGGCGGUUCUGUCGCUCAGAAACAAAAGAUUUCAUUCUUAGAAAACAAUUUGGAUCAGUUGACUAAAGUUCACAAACAGUUGGUUCGCGAUAACGCAGACCUUCGCUGUGAACUCCCGAAACUGGAGAAGAGAUUGCGGGCCACUAUGGAGAGGGUUAAGGCUCUCGAGGGAGCGCUUAAAGAGGCCAAAGAGUCGGCGAUGAAGGAUAGGAAGCGAUAUCAAUACGAAGUCGACAGAAUCAAAGAAGCCGUCCGACAGAAGAACUUAGCGCGAAGGGGACACAUGGCUCAGAUAGUGAAACCCAUCCGAGCGGGCGGUGGAGGCGUAGCGGCCAAUCGGAACGCAGUGAACGCAAACAUACAGAAUAAUAAUGUGGUCCGACCUGUAAUACGUAAUCCUCAACAGCGCAGCACCAAUAGAGAUAUUAUCGACAACUGAUCGACUAUUUUAUAGUAAUAGUAAUAAAACGACGAAUGAAUUUUUGUUUUACUGAAAUUUUAACUCUUUUUACUUUUAAUGAGAAUAUUAUAACUUUUAAUAAAUAAAGAAUUUAUCAUUAUUUAUAAUAAACAAAACCCAAUGUUUGUACAGUGCAAUAGUACUGACACUCAAAUCAAAUUAAAAUAUAUUGUAUUAUAUAUUUAAUAACUUUUAAAAGCUUUAAUUUAAAUACAAUUUUAUGUUUCUUUGAUUAAUAAACUGUAUAUAAAUUGUAAACA